GAGUGUGGAAAUAUGAUAUUAAAGUUUUUCCUUAUUUUAAUAUUAAUCAACACCGCGAAAUGUCAUGAAUAUACCGAAAAAAAUUAUGCAUUAAAUGCUGUACUUAAAGAUACAUCAAAUUUCUUUGGAAAAUUGAAACUAGAUUAUGCGUCGAAAAAUUUAAAUAAUACAUUAACUGAAAUUAAUACAAAAAUUACGGAACACAUUAAAAACACAUCGAAAAUAAUUUCUAUCCGCCAUAAAAGAGAAUUACAGGAGAAUUCUGGAGAAGGUAUUAAUGUAUUCACUGGGUUUCAUGAUCUUAAUCGACUCAAUUUCGUAAAUGUCCAAGACAUUAAGUUCUUUUCUCUUCAAAAUGAAUUUGAAACAAUCUGGUUCGCUGUAGUUCUAGAUAUUUCCAAAGUAUCCUUGUACCAGAUAAAUAAUGACGUUUUUUAUGACACAAUCUCUUAUCCUGUGCUAAAUGGAAAACAAAUAUUUGUAAACAGUUGUCCAUACGGAGCACUUCUCAUUAUCCAAAAUCAAAAUGGAUCUGUUAUUUUAAGUUUCACCAAAGUUCUAAACAACUAUUAUCUGCAGCCAGUUCAUGAUUUUGAGUUGAACGAUAUAAAUCAUCUAACAAUUUGGAAUGGAAUGAAUCGGUUGCAUUUAGGCACAGUUUCUCAUUCAAACAUUUCAAUUUACAUUUGGUUUGAUAAUUACUUUGAUCUGAUACAGGUCAUUGAUGUUGGUACUAAGAAAUUAAUUCCAUUCCAAAGUAAAGGAUUUAUGUAUUUAGCAGUGACUGGUUCUUCUACAUUGAUUUUUAAGUAUUCCUUAAGGACCAAUAAAUUUGUAAUGGUACAAAAAUUACCAUUGAGUGAAGAUGUCUCUUACUUUCAAUUAACAGAAGGCCAUUUCAUGGAACACUAUCUAACUCUAUCAACAGAGUCUUUCACUGUUAUUUAUAAGGAAAUACACAAUCGUUUUAUACCAUUUCAACAAAUUUCUUCUGGUAAUUUUAUAUUACCAGUUAUUUCAAGGAAAACAAUUAUACUCUUAACUUUACAUAAAGACACUAUAGUAGCCUAUCAAUAUAAUGGCUGGAGAUUCAUAGAAUUAAAUGCAAAAUUAUCUGGAAUCAGUCAAUUUCGUCGAGUAAUACUAUAUAAUGAAGAAUUAUUACUAAUGAGAAGCAAAGAUAAUAAAUGGACGUUGAAACAACUACUAUGGAUUAAAAAGAAAUCUAACAAGAAUUUACAAGAAGAAAUAAGAAUAUGGAACAUUAAUGCCAAGAAUAGAAUUCAAAGAGCAAUGAAAGAAAUUCCAAUGCCAAAGGAUCCUAUCACAAUUUUAAGAGGUCAUAUUGAUCAGCUUCAUGUUCAUAAUAUAAACAGACACAACUUACAACAAUUAGAAGAUUUAUAUAAGCAAUAUAAGAAACUGACUUUUAGAUUUCAAGCACAAAAGGUUGAUAUUAGUAACAAGUGGCAUCCCAAAAUUAAAACUAUUUCUUCACUACAUGCAAAAACAAUUCAAGUGAAAUGUACAACAAAGUGUAAAAUAAAUCGAUUGAAUGUUAAGGAGAAUAUGAAUUUCUUGACCAAGUUAAUAAUGUCAAUAAAGACAAAUCAAGAAUUAAAUUUUGAUGAAUUAAGUAUAGAAGAACUAAGAAACUGGAAAUGUCCUCUCUUAAGUCUUCCAAUAGAAGACAUUGUAGUUUCUGAAUUAAUUAAUGGAAUAACUUUACGUUAUUUACAGGAAAAUGCUUUGAAAGUAACUGGUGAUCAACUAGUUUCUGGAAAGCAUAUUUUUACUGACAUGAAGGCAACAAAUGCUUUUAUGCCAUUAAAUAUUGCCACAUUCUUAACAAAGCAAGAUGUAACAAUAAAAGAGAUGAAAGUUAAAGAACUGAAUUUAACAACAGGAGGGAUUUUAUUGCCAUUAAAUGGCUCAUUCUCAACAGUUACUGGUUCAAUCAAAACACCUAAACUAAAAAUAAAAAAUAUUGAUGAUUUAAGGGGAAAAAUAGAAGGAAAAUGGAAAAGAUUGUCACCCACAAUAUUCAUUAGUGAGCCCAUGAUUUUAUAUGACAAUUUCAAUUUAGAAAAUGUCAAAAUUGAUAAUUUAACAUCUACAGACUUAAUUGCUAGUAAGACAGGGUCAAUCAAACGUACCUUGUCAAAUGCAAUAUCUUUACAUGAUAAUAUAUCAGUGUCCUUAAUCCUUUCAAGUGAAAAAAUGAAAUGGAGCAAUAUCACUGUGUAUGGCUUUCAGAAAUGGAUUACUGCGAAUUUCCAAAAUAUUAGUAUUAUAUCAGGAAAUAAACAUUUUCAUCAAAAUGUAGAGAUAACAAAGUUCUCUUACAAUAAAUUAAAAUCAGAGAAGCAAGAUUUAUUUUUGGAGGAUUCAACAUUAUGUGCUACUUCUGUUAUUGCACCAGAAAUUAAAACUACAACGCUAAUAGCGGAUAUUAUUGCUGUAAAAAAAUUAAAUAGUUCACAAAUUGUCGGGAGCUUGAGUGAAGAUUAUUUCAUUGAUAAUUUCAAAGUAGUUUUCAAAUCUAUUUUGUCUGAGAAACUGUAUUAUCAUAAUCUCACUGCAAAAAAUAUAUUUACAAUGCAACUGAAUAAUUUGAAUUUAACAGAAUUGAAAAGGCUUGUGAAUUCAUGGAUUGAACCUAAUAUUCUCAAUACCUCUAUAGAAGCAACAAACUUGAAAACAAAUACUCUUAGAUUACCUGUUCGAUUUUACAUAGAAUUAGGUAACAAGAUAAUUAAAAAUCUAAUAUUAGAGCAACAUGUUUAUGUAGAUUACAUUAAUAAUAUUAAUAUGACACAUUUCUUGGAUAAUGCUAUAAGGCUCACCGAUAUGAAAUCUUUGCAAAAUAUAAUAUUUCGUAGCGAUUUUAGUACGAAUCAUAUACAUGCUUCUCAUCUUCCAUUUCAUUUGAUAGACACAGAGAAAGAUCUUAAUUUGCAUAAAAAGAGAAUUUCUGGUAAUAUAGAAGCAAAUGCAAUAAAUUUACCAUAUUCUUUUAAAAUUGCUGAAGAUGAGACUCCAGUUAAUGUCUUUAUUAAGGGAUCUGCAAGAUUUCCACUUGAACCAGCAAUAACAAAUGUAAAUAAUAUUAGACUAGAAAAACUGUUUUCAGAAAUUUGGUUGACAACAAAUGUUACAACACUUUAUGGAAAGAAUUUGCAUUUUGAAAAUAUAGUGAUAAAUGGAAAUGUUAUUUUAGAUAAUGAAAUAAGUACAUUAAAUAUUGAAAUGUGGAAAGACAUUUCAAAACGUGUUUUAAGCAAAACCAAGUUACAGAAAAUAUCAUACCCUGUGUCUUUGAAUAAUAUUGAAGUACCUUUUAUUGUGGGUUCAAAUGUUUCAAGACUAAAAUCUUCACUAUCAGAUCUCAAUGAUAUAUUUGAGAAUUCUUUGCUAAAGGAUAAAGACCAACAAGUGAAGGCAAAAUGGACAUUCCAUACAUUAAAGGUCUUAGGAAACUUGAGUGCAAAACAUACGAUUAACAAACUGGAUCUUAAGAAAAAUGUUAUGAGACACGAUUCGAGAGAAAAUAUUGUAACUGGAAAGAAAACAGUCACACGUUUAACUGCAGAGAAUUUGAAUGGUUACAACUUUGAUAAAUGGGCUGCUAAUGCUUUGACGAAGCUGAAGAAACAUGUAAUCAUAAAGGGACAAAAAACAUUUAUCACUGCUACGUUUAGCGAUAUAGAGGUGUCUGGAACUGUAAUGGGAAAUACUAUAGAAGAAGUAUUAACAAAAUCUACGAAUCAAAGAAUUUAUGGCCAGAAAAAGUUCCAAGGUUCUAUUAAUGUAUCUGAGCUCAUUGUUAGUGGUUUAAUAAAUGAUGUGAAUUUGACUGAGCUAAUAGAUCAUCAAUUAAAGAAGAAUAAUCAUACUCAAACAAUAAAAACAGGAAUUGAAUUUCAAAACAGCUUACAUAUUCAUGGAGAUCUUAUAGUUAAAGGUACUUAUGGAGGAGCGGAGUUGAAGAAUUUUUACACAAGUUAUUCAAGUGUUUUACCCAUUGCUGAAAAAAUGAAGAUAUUUUUAGAGGCAGCCGAAACCAUUAAUACAGCUUUACAAAAUCGAGCUGUUUAUAUAAAUAAAUUAGAAGUCGUAGAAGACAUCAUUGUUGCUUCUAAUAAAUCUGCAACUAUUCAGCCAGUACAAUGCAAAUCUACAAACUCUUCCUCGCAUUGUUUUAGUAAAACUGCACUGAACGGCACUGUAUUAACAUAUCAAACAAACGACAGUGACUUUCAUGUCAAAAAAUUAAUUGUCAUGGACGAAAAAGAACUCAUUGUAUUUGUAAACUUUGAUUCUGUAUCCAUAUCUUUAUUUAGUAAUAUAAAGAACGAACUUGUUCAUUCAAAAGAACUACACAUACCAAGAAUAAUGGAAGCAUUUGCGGAGUCAAGGAUAGAUACCUUGUGGAUCGUUCUACGACUGACUACACAGACUUUGGUCUUACGUUAUCAGCCAUGGGAAGAUCUGCAAGAAUAUGUUUUGCCAGUCACGGACGUGUUUGAAAUAAGUACAUCUCCAAAUAAUCAGCUUUUGUUAUUACUAUCAGAUGGUGUAUGGGAUCUUGAAGGACUAGCAAGUCCUAGAAAUAUUAUUAGGAUUUCCCUCAAAGAAAAAGUAGAGACAUUCGUUGAUGAACAUAAUUUCUAUGUGCAAUGUACUUCAAAAAAUAAUACAACUUUAAUGAAAGCACGAUACAUAGGAAAUUGAAG